AUGGGGUAUCAUCACCAAGCUAUUUCAUCCCCAAAGAUCCCUUCUUUUUUUCUUUUCUGUUUCAUCACUAUGUUUUUCUGCUCUCCUGCAACUGCAAAAACUUACUACACAUUACAGAAAGGCUCUUCUCUCUCAUUGAAACAUAAUGAAUCAGACUUCCUGACUUCCCCAGACAACUCUUUCACAUGUGGCUUCUAUGGUGUAGGCACAAAUGGUUUCUGGUUGGCCAUCUGGUUCACCCAUUCCAGGGACAGAACUGUAGUUUGGAUGGCCAACAGAGACCGACCGGUCAAUGGCUUAGGCUCCAGAGAAACACUGACCCGGGGUGGCUCCAUGGUCUUGACAGAUGUGGAUGGCACACAAGUCUGGACUCCAAACGUCAACUCUAGUCUUGCCAACCUCGCUGAAAGGGGUGAGCUCUUGAAUUCUGGUAAACUUGUCUUGUUGGACGCACAAGGUAAAUAUCUAUGGUAA